AUGGAAUGUUGUAAGAAAGUUGGAGUUGAAGGUGACAAACUUCAGCUAGAUUCCUUUGGGAUUGAACUUGAUAUCCCUCCCGGUGCAAUUGACGGCAAAGCGCCACAGGACAUUUCUCUUCGUGUCCUGACAGAUACUCCAAAUCUUGGAAACAGCAAAGCCGAGAUGUCAGUAUGCUUUGGUGUACAGUGUUUAGCCCCUGAUGACUUAGUUCUGAAGUUACCGGUAACUUACACAAUACCUCACUGUGCUGUGAGUUCACGAUACUCCAGUGUGGAGGCAGUCUUAUACACAGGAGAGGGAGAAUACUCACCCGAUGCCGUUGUUAAAGAACGAAUCGUGUUGUCGAGGUCUGGAACACCUAGCGUCAUCAUCAAGAAAGAUGUACUCAUACUGAAGAUGAACCACUUUUCAUGGGCGAAGGUUAAGUUCAUCAUCAGUCAAUUCUUCUUCCGAGAAAAGAGGAUGUGCUGUCGGCCGUUUAAAGAAAAGAACUUAGCUUUGCAGACGAGAUCUGUCAUCUUACAUGCGCACCUCUAUGACGACAUCAAAGGGAACAGCGAGUUGGUAAAACUCGAAGAAAGGGAAUAUUUCAUACCUGCCAAUAUGGAACAACGGCUCUCUAUUCGGACAGCAGAAGGUGCUCUCAAAAUGACCUGUUACCUAAGGAAUACAGUAAUUGGAGGACCUGCUGUUGUCUCCUUUGACAAACUAAUGAGUGGAGAAAGGAUCUGUGUGCCCUUUGAAUUGGACUUCACCAACCAGUCAGAUAGUGUUGCAGUGUCACUUAUAGUAGAACGAAAUGGGAAACUGGAAUGCCAUUUCAUAUUUCGAUUGGAAGACGGAAGACAGGAAGCUUCUCCACAAGAUCAAGCUUCCGCUGAAGUGGUAGCCGCCACGGGAGUGGUAGCCGGAGAUGACGCUGCUCAAGGAGGUAACAUAUAG